AUGGCAAGAAUGUCAUCAGAAAGCAAGCUUUAUGAAGCAGCAGAAGAAGGGAGUGUAACUACCUUCUUAGAAUUAAUUCAACAGGAUCGACUGCUUCUGGAUAGAGUGCUCGUUAAUUAUACCACUGAGACUCCUUUGCAUGUAGCAGCAAUGCUUGGGCAUACAGAUUUUGUGAAGGAGAUUAUACAUAGGAAGCCAGAGUUUACCAGAGAAUUAGAUUCAAGGGGUUCAUCAGCUCUUCACUUAGCUUCCGCAAAAGGGUAUGUUGAAAUAGUUAAAGCAUUGCUAUUCGUAAACCCUGACAUAUGCCUGGCUCGUGACAUAGGAGAAAGAAAUCCUCUUCACCUUGCAGCCAUGAAGGGCCAGGUUGAUGUUUUGAAGGAGCUAAUCCAUGCCAGACCACACGCAGCUCAGGUCACAGUGGCUUGGGGACUGAGCAUAUUGCACUUGUGCGUGAAGUAUGGACAAUUUGAGUGUCUGAAGCUAUUGAUUGAAGUGAUGGAUGAUAAUGAAAUUGUGAGUGCGAAGGAUGAUUAUGGCAUGACUAUCUUGCACCUAGCGGUAGCUUACAAACAAAUUGAGACAGUAAAAUUUUUGCUUUUCAAUACUAGCGUCGAAGUAAAUGCUCUAAAUGCAAAUGGUUUUACUGCUAUGGACGUUCUUGCACAAAGUAACAGAGGCUUGAAAGACUUUGACAUUGCUGAGUCUCUUCGAGAUGCUGGAGCACUAAGAGCUGCAGAAAUUUCAUACACAGGGCCUAGAAUUGGAGGAUUGAGAACUAAGGCAACACCUCCAAUUGCUCAGAUUCCAGUCACACCACCAUCCAAAGAAUAUGUGCAAAAGGCUACCAACAAUGAAGAUUGGCUUACCAGAAAGCGAGAUGCAUUGAUGGUGGUGGCAUCACUUAAUGCAACAAUGGCUUUUCAAGCUGCACUAACGCCUCCUGGUGGUCUCUGGCAAGAUGACUUAACAGGGACUUCCCAAGGCAACAAUGACACACAACCUCACGAGGCCGGAACUUCGAUAAUAGCAGAUAAAAACCAGAGCUAUUAUUCUCAGUACCUUUCUUACAAUACAACAAGUUUCAUUGCAUCGUUGAGCAUAAUCUUGUUGCUGAUUACUGGUUUACCUUUCAAGCGAAGACUUUUUAUGUGGAUUUUGACAGUGAUUGUGUGGAUUGCAAUCACAUCCAUGGCCCUUACAUACAGAAUUUCACUUCUUGUUUUUACACCAAAAGCGCAGGAGCUAAAUGUCACUCAAGUGCUUGACUAUGCUGUCAGGGUGUGGAGUGGGGUGAUGGGUUUUCUUUUUCUGGGGCACUCCAUUCGUCUCGCGGCAAGUUUGUUCAAGAAAGUAGAAAAUGUUCUAGGGAAAAAGAGAAAACCGCCGCCACCACAAGUGUAUCCACCAUUAGCGCAAACGGAUAUUAGUGACUUCUAA